GACCCCAUCUCCAGCAGCGCAGCCGCUCGCUCGCUCCUCUUCUCGUCCGCACAACACUGAGCAACCCAAAAAAACACCGAGCAACCCAGAGGCGACGGAGAGAGCCAGCCGGGUGGCAAUGGCGGGCGCCGGCUGCCACUCGCUCCUCUCGCCGGCCUCGCCGCUCUCCCCCGAGUUCUUCUCGCGCCGUCGAGCCUCCGCCGGCGGCAGCGGAGCCUGCCGGCCGAGUAGAGUGCGACCUCAGAUCAGGUGUUGCUCAGGUGAUGAUGCAAAGGGACGUGCGGACAUGUGCAAGGGAGGCAAGGUUGAUGAAGAAACUAGACCUUCAAGACGAAAGUGUCUUGUCUGCCUAGGUGCUGUAGCCCUAAUCAGUGCAACAGGCCCAACGAUUUGUACACCAAAUGUAAUCGCCGCAGAUAUGACAAACAAGUCUGGGAUACAGAAAGCUGUUUGCAGAAAUUGCAACGGCAGCGGUGCUGUGAUAUGUGACAUGUGCGGUGGCACAGGAAAAUGGAAGGCGCUCAACAGGAAGAGGGCAAAAGAUGUUUAUGAAUUCACAGAGUGUCCGAAUUGCUAUGGCCGAGGGAAGCUGGUCUGCCCAGUCUGUCUUGGAACUGGGCUGCCGAACAACAAGGGACUCCUCCGGCGACCAGAAGCCAAGCAGUUGCUUGACAAGAUGUACAACGGCAAGAUAUUGCCAAGGUCGUAGAGCGCACAGGCAGGCAGCCACAGGAUUUUGCAUCAACCAUCGUGUAGGAAUAUCAUUCGAGACAAAUGUAGCUCUCAAGAGUGUAACUUUGUGUACCAAGUUAAAAAGUUACAGCUUGGAUUUUAGCUUUCAGAUUACCACAGAUAUGUUGACUAAGUAGCCUUCUGAAUGUCAUUUCCAAAUACAUUAUUGCACAAAUAUAGUGAUUUUAAAUCGUUCGUGGUGCA